UGACUUGAAUACUUCAGUGAGAAACAUGGCCAGUAAAAGACAAAUACUAAAGCAGAUUUUAGGGCUUACCAUGGCUAUCCUGCUUACCCAUGUGUUAGAGGUGGCAACAAAUGAUUUCCAAGAAACAAGCAUGGGUUUACAGUUUAGCUACAUAGAUGAACCACAGCAUCACAUAAGACAAAGACGAGCAGACCCAUUCACAGACUAUAUGGCUGAAAUUGAGAUACAUGCAUCAGACAUCUCUGUGAUCAAUGAGCUGAAGAUUUAUUUGAAUGAGCUUAUUCAAAAUCAUACUGUGUUUAACAAUGUGACAUUACUUAGCUCAAACUUCACAACCGUUUGCAACAUGUUACCAGGUACCACUGAUUACCAGUGCAAUUGUGAGAAUCAGUAUUUCUGGCCUUGUGACAACUGUAAAAAAUAUGGGAGUUGUGGCAGCAUCACUAACAACACAUGCAGCUGCAUCAAUGCUUUUCCAAAUAAUGGACAUUUCUGUCAGCCAGUCAGCGAGAUGACAGAUGCCACAGCAUGCCAUCAAAGAGUGAUUACAAUGUCAGUGGAAAUCAACGAAACCUUUGAUACCAGCCUCACCAACCCUACAGAUGACAAUUACAAAACUAAAGCUCUACAAAUUCAGUCAAGCAUUAACAAAGGUUACAAAUUUCUGUCUAACUAUGUUGACGGUUCUGCAAAAGUCACUGGCUUCAGGUCUGGUAGUAUAAUAGCAGACUAUACAAUUAAUUCAAUAUCCAACAUCCCUGAUUUUACAUCAGCAAACAUAAAUGUUUCGAGCCUCCCUUUAGUUCAGAAUGCUUUUGCUUUAACUGAAGAAACAAUGCUCUUCAACAUAACAGAUAAAAUAUAUCCUAAGCAAAACAUAACACUUAACUGUACACAACCUGUUAUGGGACCGAUAAUGUGGAAAGUAAAUGAGAAAGAUCCCGACAGCACUAAAUACUCUAUUAGUCCAGAUAAUAGCACACUCACUGUGAAAGGUGCUGAUUUCAGUGACAGUGGCAGAUACUCCUGCAUCUUACAAACAAAUUCUUUACCUUAUAUCCAGUGGCAAAAUAUUGUUAUUGAACAAGAACCCAGUAUCAUAGUGUUUGAUAAUGAACAAGUUUAUCCCUGUGAAGACAAAACUGUUCAACUCACAUGCUGUGUUAAUGGAGACUACAGUAUUGAAUGGGUCAUAAAUGGCACUGUGCAAACUUCAGAUUUUUCAUGUACAAAUGAAACAUUUGAACUAGGAAACCCGACACAAACAACUGAAAAGCCAUGCAAUGCAGGCAAGGAAGGAAGCAUAAUAUAUACAUGUUUACAAGGAGGAUGGGAGAAAACAGAGGACAACUGUGUAGUCAAAGCUAUCAAAGAACUUCAAACCAGAGCUCAGGUGAUCUACUAG